AUGGCCGAGCAACAGAGGCAGCGCUCUCUGUCCACCGCUGGUGAAUCUCUCUAUGUGGUGUUGGGAGUUGAAAAGGUGGCCACAGCUGACGAUAUCAAGAGAUGUUACAGGAAACUUGCAUUGAAGUUUCACCCUGACAAGAAUCCUGACAACCCAGAGGCAGCUGAUAAGUUCAAGGAGAUAAACAAUGCCCACUCGAUUCUGAACGACCCCACGAAGCGUAAUAUUUACGACAAAUAUGGCUCCCUGGGACUAUAUGUGGCAGAGCAGUUUGGAGAAGAGAAUGUUAACACUUACUUUGUCCUCUCGAGCUGGUGGGCAAAGGCUCUGUUUGUAUUCUGCGGCCUGGCCACUGGGUGCUACUUCUGUUGCUGCCUGUGUUGCUGCUGUAACUGCUGCUGUGGUAAAUGUAAACCUCGGCCCCGAGAGGGACAGGACCAAGAAUUUUAUGUGUCCCCCGAGGACCUGGAGGCUCAGCUGCAAUCUGAUGAGAGAGAGGCCGGUGGUGACCCCAUAGUGCUGCAACCAUCUGCAACAGAGACAACCCAGUUAACAUCGGAUGGUCACUACUCCUACCACACUGACACCGGCUUCAACUAA